UCCAGAGUCGUGUCAGAUUUUUUUUGGAGUCACUGCCUGCCUUUCUCAGGGUGUUGAUACAUGCUGGAGCUCUUUGUUGGAGUCUUCCAGAGCUCUCCCAGGGAGAGGUAGGGAAGGGAGCUUGUGCCAGCAGAAGUUGGGAAGCACAGACACCAUCUGCCUUCUUCUGAGCCGGUAUUGAUGCAGGCUGGGGCCUCUGUUGUAAUGUGCUGGGUGUCAUCUGAAGACAGAAGCGCCCUGUGGGCUUUGGUCACGUUCCAUGGCGGCAGCUGCCAGCUGAACCUCAAUAAGAAAUGCACACAUUUGAUUGUGCCAGAGCCAAAGGGGGAGAAAUACGAAUGUGCUGUGAAACGAGCUAGUAUUAAAGUGGUGACUCCUGACUGGGUGCUGGACUGUGUAUCUGAAAAAACCAGGAAGGACGAAGCACCUUACCAUCCGCGCCUGAUCAUCUAUGAGGAGGAGGAAGAAGAGGAGGAGGAAGAGGAAGAGGAGGUAGAGAACGAGGAGCAGGACUCACAGAACGAGGGCAGCACUGAGGAGAAAUCAAGCCCAGCUAGCUCACAGGAGGGCUCUCCUUCCAGGGACCAGCCAUUCUCACCCAAGCCCAACACAGAGACUACCAAAGGGGAGUUGAUGUUUGAUGACUCUUCAGACUCAUCGCCGGAGAAGCAAGAGAGAAACUUGAACUGGACCCCGGCUGAAGUUCCCCAGCCCACGGCUGCCAAGCGCAGGCUGCCCCAGGGCAAGGAGGCCGGGCUCAUUAACUUGUGUGCCAAUGUUCCGCCAGUCCCGGGGAACAUUCUGCCUCCGGAUGUCCGGGGGAACUUCAUGGCUUCUGGACAGAAUCUCCAGAGUUCCGAAAGAGCAGAAAUGAUCACCACGUGGAGCCCAGCUGUGCGGACAUUGAGGAAUAUUACUAAUAAUGCUGACAUUCAGCAGAUCAGUCGGCCAUCAAAUGUAGCACAUAUUUUGCAGUCCCUGUCAGCACCCACAAAGACCCUGGAGCCACAGGUGGGCCAUGGCCAGCAGGGGCAUGGCAAUACCAGUUCCAGUGCCAUGCUGCUUGGCCCGACGAGGGGCGCUCCUGACACUCACCUGCCACCACCGCACCGCCAGCCUCCACCGCAGCACCCAUUGCAGCACCCCGUCCUCCACCUACAGCCUCCACAGAUGCCCCAGCAGCCCUGUCCACAACAGCAGCACUCAUUCCCGCAGCAGCCCCAGCAGCCCCAGCAGCAGAUCCUUCAGCACCCAUUCCCCCAGCAGCAGCUGCACCCCCAGCAACAACUGCACCGCCCCCAGCAGCCCCUGCAGCCUUUCCAGCAGCAGCACCUGCAACAGCAGCUCCAUCAGUUGCAGCAGCAACAGCUACAGCACCAGCAGCUGGCACAGCUGCAGCAGCAGCAGCAGAGCCUGCUACAGCAGCAGAUGCAGCAGCAACAGGUACAGCAGCAGCAGCUGCAGCGCCUUCACCAGCACCAACAGCAGCAGCUGCAGCAUCCUGCCCCUCCACACUUGGGCCAGGCACCCCCAGCCAUGCAGCACCAGGCCCCGCACCUGCAGCCCCCGCCGCUACAGCAGCCCCCUCCACAGCUACCGCUGUGUGGACACGACCCAGCGGUAGAGAUUCCAGAAGAAGGCUUCCUACUGGGGUGUGUGUUCGCAAUUGCGGAGUACCCGGAGCAGAUGUCUGAUAAGCAGCUGCUGGCCACCUGGAAAAGGAUCAUCCAGGCACAUGGUGGUGUGGUGGAUCCCACCUUCACGAGCCGGUGCACACACCUUCUCUGCGAGAGCCAGGUCAGCAGCAUGUACGCACAGGCGAUAAGAGAAAGAAAACGGUGCGUCACUGCACACUGGUUAAACACAGUCCUGAAGAAGAAGAAGAUGGUGCCGCCUCAUCGAGCCCUGCAUUUCCCUGUGGCGUUCCCGCCAGGGGGAAAGCCGUGCUCACAGCAUAUUAUCUCUGUGACUGGAUUUGUGGACAGUGACAGAGAUGACCUGAAGUUGAUGGCAUACCUGGCAGGUGCCAAGUACACGGGCUAUCUGUGCCGCAGCAACACGGUCCUCAUCUGUAAAGAACCAAGUGGUUUAAAGUAUGAGAAGGCCAAAGAAUGGAGGAUCCCGUGUGUGAAUGCACAGUGGCUUGGGGACAUCCUGCUGGGGAACUUUGAGGCGCUGAGGCAGAUCCAGUAUGGUCGGUACACGGCCUUCAACCUCCAGGACCCCUUUGCACCCACACAGCACCUGGUGCUGAACCUGCUGGAUGCGUGGAGAGUUCCAUUGAAAGUGUCACCAGAGCUGCUGAUGGGUAUAAGAUUACCUCCCAAACCGAAGCAGAACGAAGUAACCAGCAUCCAGCCUUCUUCCAAAAGAGCCAGAAUUGAGGAUCUACCACCUCCCACUAAAAAGCUGACUCCGGAGCUGACACCUUUUGUGCUCUUCACUGGAUUUGAGCCUGGCCAAGUUCAGCAGUACAUUAAGAAGCUUUAUGUCCUGGGUGGCGAGGUUGCCGAGUCUGCACAAAAGUGCACGCACCUCAUCGCCAGCAAGGUGACACGCACUGUGAAGUUUCUGACGGCCAUCUCCGUGGUGCAGCACAUCGUGACGCCUGAGUGGCUGGAGGAGUGCUUUAAGUGCCAGAAGUUCAUCGAUGAGCAGAACUACGUCCUCCGAGAUGCUGAGGCUGAAGUGCUUUUUUCUUUCAGCUUGGAAGAGUCCUUGAAACGGGCCCAUGUUUCUCCACUCUUUAAGGCAAAAUACUUUUACAUCACCCCCGGAAUCUGCCCAAGCCUGUCCACCAUGAAGGCAAUUGUGGAGUGUGCAGGCGGGAAGGUGCUGUCCAAGCAGCCAUCUUUCCGUAAGCUCGUGGAGCAUAAGCAGAAUAAGAGUCUUUCGGAAAUCAUUGUGAUAUCCUGCGAAAAUGACCUCCACCUGUGCCGAGAGUAUUUUGCCAGAGGAAUAGAUGUUCAUAACGCAGAGUUUGUUCUAACUGGAGUGCUAACACAAACGAUGGACUACGAAUCAUAUAAAUUUAACUGAUGGCCACACUCCCGUCGAGCCGGAUCUGAGCCAGGAGCCCAGGCUCCCCAUCGGCCAACUGCAUGCUUGUUUUCCAGCUGCUUCUUUAGGGACGAGGCACUAAAGCAGGAAGACAGUGGAAUACCUAUGCUGCAUCUUAUUAAGAUGUGUAAUUUUAUUCUGAGGAAACAUAAAUUAUGUUUUGUAUUAUAUGACUUUAUGAGCCCACACUAGGUUUUAUGAUUUAUUUUCCAGGUUUUUAAAUGUCUUCACAAAACUGUAUGAAAUUUCAGCUACAAAUAAAAUGAUGUAAAUAAAGACCUUGCUAUCUA